CUGUCUCCCAGUUUAUUGUUCGGCAAGAAACGCUUCUCCGUCGAGGAGAUCCAAAUCAAAUCCUUGCCCUCCGGUAGCAACAAAAAAAAAAGCGAUGCCGACUGACAUAGAAGAUGAGAUUAGGGACGAGAAGAAUCCUCCCCCUCUUGAUGAAGACGAUAUCGCUCUUCUCAAGACUUAUGGAUUGGGGCCAUAUUCCACAAGCAUCAAGAAAGCUGAAAAGGAUGUGAAGGAAAUGGCUAAAAGGAUCAACGAUUUAUGUGGCAUCAAAGAGUCUGACACUGGUUUGGCUGCACCUAGCCAAUGGGAUCUUGUUUCUGAUAAGCAAAUGAUGCAAGAGGAGCAACCUCUUCAGGUAGCCAGAUGCACCAAAAUAAUUAAUCCCAACACAGAAGACGCCAAAUAUGUAAUAAAUGUCAAGCAAAUUGCAAAGUUUGUUGUUGGAUUGGGUGACAAAGUUUCACCAACCGAUAUUGAAGAAGGAAUGCGUGUUGGUGUUGACCGCAACAAGUAUCAAAUUCAGAUCCCUUUACCCCCCAAGAUUGACCCAAGUGUAACCAUGAUGACAGUUGAAGAAAAACCAGAUGUCACAUAUAAUGAUGUUGGUGGAUGCAAGGAACAAAUUGAAAAGAUGAGAGAGGUGGUUGAGUUACCAAUGCUCCACCCUGAGAAAUUUGUUAAAUUGGGAAUUGAUCCUCCGAAAGGCGUCCUAUGCUAUGGUCCACCUGGCACUGGUAAAACACUUUUAGCAAGAGCAGUUGCCAAUAGAACUGAUGCAUGCUUUAUACGUGUCAUUGGAAGUGAACUCGUUCAAAAAUACGUUGGUGAGGGGGCCCGCAUGGUUCGCGAACUAUUCCAGAUGGCACGUUCCAAAAAAGCUUGCAUAGUUUUCUUUGAUGAAGUUGAUGCAAUUGGUGGGGCCCGUUUUGAUGAUGGAGCUGGCGGUGAUAAUGAGGUUCAAAGAACCAUGCUUGAAAUUGUGAAUCAACUUGAUGGAUUUGAUGCUCGUGGGAAUAUUAAAGUUUUGAUGGCUACAAAUAGACCAGAUACAUUGGAUCCAGCACUGUUGAGACCUGGGAGACUGGAUAGAAAGGUGGAAUUUGGGCUUCCAGAUAUGGAAAGGGCAGAUAUAAGAAGUGUGUGUACUGAGGCUGGAAUGUAUGCAAUUAGGGCAAGGAGGAAGACAGUGACUGAGAAGGAUUUCCUUGAUGCUGUUAACAAAGUCAUUAAAGGGUACCAGAAGUUUAGUGCUACUCCUAAGUAUAUGGUUUACAAUUGA